UUAAGAUGACGCGCAGGUGAACGCCGUGGCUGGACUUCCACUGGACUUUCGAUCUGUGUGACCGGAGCGGCGCGGCAGACGCGGUAAUGCGGUGCGCCUGCGGUGCCAGAGGCGCGCGGUCCGGGCUGAGGAGCCGCGGCGGCGCGCCGGACCCCCGCUGCUAGAUGGCUUCCACAUCUGGAUCUGGAAACAGGUGUCAGGGAAGUGUCGUCACCGAGCCCGGAAGCCGGAGGAGGUGGGAACAUCAAAGGGGAAGAUGGCAGCCAAAUCGGAUGGUCGCGGGGUCGUCACCGGUUUCGCCCAGCUGCACAACCUGGACGAGGUGGUCGGAGAGGACGACCCCCGGGCCGGCAGCUCCUUCCACAUCUGCCACUGCUGCAACACCUCGUCGUGCUACUGGGGCUGCCGGAGCGCCUGUCUCCAUUACCUCCGGGGGAAGGGGCGAGGGGCGGCCAAGCCCCCGCAGGAGCAGCGCCUGUGGCUGGACUGCCUCUGGAUCGUUCUGGCGCUGGGGGUCUUCUUCUGGGACGUGGGCACGGACCUGCUGCUGGCCAUCGACUACUAUCACAGGCAGAACUUCCUGUGGUCUGGUCUGACCCUGUUCUUCGUGCUGGUGCCCUCAGUUCUGGUCCAGAUCCUCAGCUUCAGGUGGUUCGUGCAGGAUUACACGGGUGGGGGUCUGGGCUCCGUGAAGGGGCUCAGCAGCAGGAGGGCUGCCAGCCUGCAGCGGGACCAGUGCUGCCGGAUGUCCGUUUGGCUCUGGCAGGUCGCCGUCCACAUCCUCCAGAUGGGACAAGUGUGGAGGUACAUCCGCACCAUGUAUUUAGGCGUGCAGAGUCACCGGCAGAAGGAGAACCAGCGCCGCUUCUACUGGGCCAUGAUGUACGAGUAUGCAGAUGUCAACAUGCUGCGAAUGCUGGAGACUUUCCUGGAGAGCGCUCCCCAGCUGGUGCUGCAGCUCUGCAUCAUGAUUCAGAGCAACAAGGUGGAGUCGCUCCAGUGUAUGUCGGCCCUAUCCUCGCUGCUGUCCUUGGCCUGGGUGCUAGCCUCUUAUCACAAACUCUUGCGGGACUCACGUGAUGACAAGAAGAGCAUGAGUUACCGAGGUGCUCUCCUUCACCUGCUCUGGCGCCUCUUCACUAUCUCCUCCAGGGUGCUUUCCUUCGCCCUCUUUGCCUCGGUGUUCCACAUCUACUUUGGCAUUUUCGUGAUGCUUCACUGGUCCGCCAUGGCCUUCUGGGUGAUCCAUAGUGGCACCGACUUCUGCAUGUCCAAGUGGGAGGAGGUCCUUUUUAAUAUGGUAGUAGGGGUGGUCUACGUCUUCUGCUGGUUUAAUGUACAAGAAGGACGGACGCGCUACCGAAUGGUGGCCUAUUACAUACUGGUGUUUUUGGAGAACGCCAUACUCAGCUCCCUUUGGUAUGCGUACCGGGAUCAUGCCACCACUGACGCCUACGCCUCUUUAGCCCUCUGUGGCGUCUUCCUGUGCUUUGCCUCAGGGGUAGCCUGCAUGGUUCUAUACUAUGGGGUUCUACACCCAAUGGGCCCUCGACUAAGGGUGCUUGCAAGCUCUUGCUGUGCUGAGCUGCUGUGGGGUCUUCCCUUACCUCCAGAAGCGGAGCCCAUGGCUCCAACACCGGGCCCACGCGCUACCCAAGCCACGCCUACACGAGCUGUGGCAGGGGAACAAGUGGAGUCGGAUGAAACAGCCACAGACACCUGCCUUCCUGUUUUUCAGGUGAGAACCACAGAGCCUGUGGACGCAACCGGAAGACCCAUCAGACCCGAGGGGCCUCUCAUUAGAAUAGAUAUGCCCAGAAAACGCUACCCCGCCUGGGACGCGCAUUUUGUGGAUCGGCGUCUGCGUAGGACCAUAAAUGUCCUGCAAUACAUCAGCCCCAAUGCGGUGGGCAUCAGGUACAGGGACGGCCCACUCCUGUUCGAACUCCUUCAAUAUGAAUCCUCCUUCUAACAGCAAAUCCACGUAUGCAUCUCCUUUCUCAAGACACCGCCUCUUUGUACUGACGUCUCCCGCUCCUCACCUCAACAGUCUCUCAAUUCCUCUGCUGGAGAUCUAUUUGAUACAGUUAUGAUUUAUUUUUAGAGGAAAAUAUCAUUACAAGAGAAGAUUAUAAAGCUUAAGUAUCUAGUGUGACAUAGAAAUAUCUCAUGUGGGCCCUCUGAUAGAUGAGGGCUCUGUAUGAGUGUAGAUAUAAUAUGAAUGUUUCAUUAUGAAAUGCAUUUUGCCGUGUUGGUAAUUCAACCUGUGAAUACUUGUGAAGGGCAUGAUUCGUCCUGACGGGGGGAUCGGGGGCAAAGCCUGGUGGGAAUGAUGGAGGAGAGUCUCAGAGGCGCAGGUCUUUGCACAUCUCUCACUCUACUGCCAUUUAUAUUAGAGACUCCAUCCAGAUGUGUGAUUGAUCAUGUUUACCAAAACCAUCGCUUUUCUACUCACGUGGCCACAAUACAGACUCCUUAGUCUAAACGCAUUUAUUUUAUCAUAUCAUUUAUCAUCAUGUGUGGAAGACAAAACCCACUGACCUUCAAUCGGUUCUGCCGAUUCACAGAGUCGCUCAGUGCAGACUGCCCCCCAGCGGAGAUCCACGGUAUGUCAACCAUUGCUACAACCCUGACGCUACAGCACAAGACAGAGAUCAGAACGAUGAAUGUAACGCAAAUGAGCACAACUUUUGUUACGGAUUGGACAGAAGAGAAACAUUGUUCUAACAUUCCAAAGACAUUUUGAAGAUUGUAGGUGUUGAAAACUGCGCACACAUUUUUGUAGUGCAAAGACCUUCAACAGAUCCUCCAGCAUUCCCUUCCUUAAUCUUAAAAAAAAUAUCACUUGUGUUUGCAUAUUUACAAAUGUGUUUACCUAUCGAUCAAAGAAAAAGCAUCUGCUAUAUUGUACAUUUAUACACUUUGGCUAUAUUUUGAGAAACAAGGUGUCAUUUCUGAAAAGCACUCGACAUCCACCAAGGGAACUAGAGUUGCAACAUUCCCGUGGUCAUCAUGCGACACUGCUUUGUUAAUAAGACGACUAAAUAUAAUAGAUCAUGACUUCAUUUUAUCCUGUGUUCAAGGCCAUAAUUUAUAUUUGAUGACAUGGCUGGGAAUAAGGUUUGCUAGCUUGUUUUGCUUAACACGUCUCAGUUAUGAAUACAAAAUGUGGUACAUGUGGUCAAAUUAUAAGUACCUAUUAUAUGACUGUGCAAAGAUAUAUUAAGAUUAUUAAAGUGUGAGCAAAGGAGUGCAUAAAAGAUGGGAAAUGACCAUCAAACUCAACUCCAUGAUGACCAACUGCUGCUAGAAUGUGAUGCUUAAGGUGACCUGACCAACUCAAGACUGCAAAAUCAAAUUCAAGCGUUCUGUAAAAACAUAACUACAAAAAUAUACUUGCACUUUUUCCAUACAUCCCAAUCUCAUUCAAUGCGUCCAUCUAAAUCUCUACACUUUAUCUUUUUUUUUAUUAAAUUUACACCAAAGUUGAAAUUGGAAUUAAGCUGCUGUGCGUUUUGGCUGAGCUUAUUUGUUAUGGAAAAGUGUUUUCUUGUGUUACAUACAGAAUCAGAGUUAAAAGAUGAUUUAGUGGCCAAAACAAAACAGCUCCCAUGAGUUUCCAGCUGCAGAUGUACAGAAACGUUGAUAUUUGUUGCAGUGUUCUCUGAUGUGAUCGCUGUAGCCAAUUCUAUAUAUGUAAAAGCUAUUCUGUGUGCUACGUCAUGGUCAUGCCAAAGAACGCACACUCGCAUAAGUACAUGAGCACAUGUUGCAGUGCCAAGUCAGUGAAAUAAAUAUUGUAACAAGCGCAGUAGUGAAUAUGAAAAAUGUAUUCCCCGAGGGAAAUAAAACCUCGAGUGGAAGGUCCGUUCUUUAUGACCACAUUUGCUUUUACCACGGUGAACAUGAAACCUUUUGUUCGAACAAACCUUGCAUUUCAAACUCAUCAUCAGUGUUUGGCAGGGACUCAAAGGGGGUCACCAAAAGACCUCCACGGAUCCCCUCGCGACACAGGUGCCUGCUAGCAUGGUCCUGUAAAAGCGAAGGCGAGAGGGGCAAUAAAGCCAGGGUUGGAGAGGAGAGCGAGUUCUGAUGGUGCUAAUGGGCCUGAAUGAUGUGAGAUCAUGUUUUCAUGCCACUGCUGGAAGCACGUGUCCUCAGCCCUUACCUUUCUCUCUGCUCCAUCCUCGGUUGCUGCUCUGCCCUCUUUAGCCAUCACCAUGGUGCUGAGACUUGGCGUGUUCCCCUAAAACUUCUUGACACAAAAAAACUCAAUGCUGAAAAUAAAAAUGGAGAUCCUGACAUGAGAACAUGCAAUGAGGUGCUACCACCUAGUGUAGGUCUUGAGACUGGUCUUGGGUUGGAGUUAGAUGUCAGACAGUCUAGGUUACAUUCAAUUCUUAUUUGGUCUGUCUCGGAAGAAUGACACGGGACUAUACAUGAAGACCGGCUGAGACCACUUUGAACUGAAGACGCUCUCUUUAAUAUAUUGUUUUUAAUCACAUUAUUUCUCAAGUAAAGCAAUAGCAACUUGCCUUUAGUUCCUACAAAUUAAAACACAAAACACGGAACAGUCUCUAUCACUCAACCACUGCAUGACCACAUUACAUGAGAUCUUACUUCCCUGAAGUCAUGACUUUGUGUAAGGGUUAGUGCUAACCACUUUGUUGAUGUUCUACACCCUUCCUUGUUGCACAGCUGGCACCAUUUCUGCACGCAUAUUGGUUCAUAUUCUCCAUCUUUUAUUAAAUAAAACAAGGUAGAAAAACCUUUGAGGGACAGAUCCUGGUCGUCCCACCUAUUCAAAUGGCAUGGCCCAGUCAACCAGCAGACAAAGUUCCCAAGCUUGUUUAGACCCAAAUACCAUGCAAUAGAAACCAUCAUUGCUGCACAAAAAUGCAGGUUAUGAAGGAGAGAGAGGCUUUAUAUAUCUUGAGGGUGAACACUAACCCUCGCCCUGCCCUGACCAAUCAGAGAGCAGGAAAAUACUGAGGCCAUUGGGAAUUUGUAAACACAAUUUCAUUGAACAAAUAUUGGAAAGCAGGUUGAAAAUCUAGGUCAGUAGUUUUGCUUGCAGAGAAGGGCCCCACUCUGGCAAAUGUUUUACAUGAGGACAUGAGAGAGAGGUCUUCACCUGGUCUCAGCCUGGUCUUCCAAAGUGUGCGAUAAUGAUUACCACACUAAGAAAAAAACAACAGCUUCAAAAGUCAGGAGGGGACAUCCCUGAGGUUAUGUUGAAUACUGUCGAGUCAGCACAAGUCAAUACUCUUGUAACGUAUGCAAAAAUCUCAUCGUCAUCUACCUUAGUAUUCUGAGCACUUUCUCGUCCUUCUAGUGAAUAAAGAGCCAUGUCAAUAGUCGAUUUGAUUUGACUGAGGUUAGUGAAGCCGCCAACACAGGAGUUCCUCAGGACCAACGAACCACCAAACCAGCUGACUCAGGGGUGUCUCAAUGCAGUUCUCAUUCCCAGGCAUGUCCUCGAGGGUCUUCAUUUUAAGAGAGCAUUUCUGUCAGGCUACUAAAUUAUGGUUUGCAGUUCAGUUCACGGUGCAACUUCUCAAAAGCCUCUGACCUUUACGGACACAUGCUCCAAUCAGGUACAACUACACUGUGACUCAUUCACGUUGCGUGUAUGUGUGUGUGGAAGUUGGAAUCCGAGAGCGUCAAAAACUUAAAAAAAACUGAGCUGCUGUAUCCAAGUGGUGCUUAUUGUCAGAGAUAAUUUCAGCUCGUACAUUCAUGUCUUCUGGUUUAUUUCAUCUAUUACAGUGGUCUAAGUGUGAUACGGCUCAUGCUGAGCUGUAGCAUACAUGUAUUUAUUUAUUUCUUCCUAACAGUUGGAUGCAAGAAACCCCCGAAUAUUGUAAGGUGAAGCUGAAACUAAACAUAUGGAGGUAAUUUAUCACUCCUAUUCGACUGAAUAUUAAUGUGUGUGCGUGUGUUACAUAUGAUUUGUUUUGAAGGUUUGAUAAUCUGACAGGCGGAACAGCCUGGUUUUCGACUGUAUAUAAGGACAUCAUAUGACUAUGCUAUGAGCUGCCCAGCUACUUGUCUGAGAUCAAAACAAGAUUAAAAUACGUUCAGGCAUUCAUCGGCGCGUUAUUCAGCUGUAAUGGCUUGUCAGUUCACGGGAGCGUGUAAAGCACAUGCCUGCGUGUGCAGUUAUGAUUCUGACAUCGAUAUGUUGCAGAAUGAAUGAGGGAGGCAGCGGUGUGUCCGUGUGCUGAGCGUGACGAUAAAUCACAGGCCCCUCUCACUCUCUACUCUUGAAGGGAGAUAAUUGAAGCUAAUGUCACUUACAAAUGUAACUGACAGUGCAGUGACUGCAACAUUGGUUGAGGGGAGUUUCCAACUCCAAUCUCAUUGUAGAAUUGAGUGUGAAAAAGAUUGAUUCAUUUGUCUCAAUCUGUUUGCUUAUUAUAGUGUAAUAAUGCCUACCACCAUUUAAGUAUUAUUGGUGUUAUUAUUAUUGACAUAUUUAUCGACGUAUUAUAUCUCACUUUCCCAGCAUCAAUCUAUAGGGUUAUGUACGUCCUGUUUCUGCAGAUUAUAUAUGAAGUACACAGUUUUCCUUAUUUUGGAAAUCUGCCACAUCUCACUUCUGUAAGAAGCUAAAAUCUGACUGAGCUCUUCACCUGUUUUUCGGCUGGACUCAUUCAGAUGUGUGAGAUUCAGAGACACCAUGACUCAGACAAGCCUCUGUGGGCAACUAUUUUUUAGAUUAUUAUGAAAAACACAAGGCCAAAUCAGGUCAUUAUUUUAUCAUUUAGAGACUUAAAAACAUCUUUAGAUUAAGAGAUAAUCUAAAGUACAUAAAAACAACAUCAUCUCCAAAGUUUUUGAUGUCAUAACCUGUUCGACAAGCAGUUUUAUAAUGAGAGAAUAUCUUAGACUGAUCUGAAAAACUGAUACAGAUGGAAAGGAAUUUGAUGAAAGGCACAAAAGUGAUGCCAACUGGUGCUUAAGUCAUGUAUUUUUGCCUCAAAACACAGGAAUGUUUUAUGAUAAAAUUAGCUUCCAGAUCACAUUCUGUUUCCAUUUUUAUUUCAUGUUAAAGGAGUGUCAUUAAAUGUGCAUUUCAUUCACCCCACGAUGUGUUUUCGCCCCUUGAGUUGCUGAGUUCCCUCAGUGACUCUCACCUAUGAAUUCAAAGAGAAUGAUGGCCUUAUAUACAGUCAGGAGUUGAAGCAGCCAGCUUCUUUUGUGGUAAUAAAGUAUUAAACGCCACUUAAAAAGUGAGUCCUUCAAUGGUUAGUUUGCUUUUGGUGUGACACAAGUGUGAAUGCCUGCGUCAGUGCCAAGUUGUGUUCUCUGUUGACAAUACAUCUGUCAGUCAUCAUGUAAAACUGCCUGCAUCUUUCAUGUGAAAUACUUUGAAUUUUCUACAUGCCGCUGUUACAUCACAAUCGCUAUCAGUUAAAAUACCUUUCAAAAUCAGACGGACCCACACAGAAGUGAUGUAACAGCUCUCAGCUGCAUGGUAGUCAUCUCAGCUUGCAGCGUUGUGCAUUAUGAUUUGAUAAAACGGUGCAUUUACUACUUUUAACCUGCUAACUUUCUGAUUUCUUGUUGAUUACGUGGUGCUAAAUAAACCCAUGCAAAAGGUGCUAUCACUCGUGGACUUAUGAGUUCACUUAUCUGUUUAUUUAGGCUUUUUUUUUUGUUGCUUUCAACACAGACAUACUUGCAGUUCUAAAUGCUUGAACCCGCCAAGUCGACCCAGGACCGUUUACAACAGAACUUAAUGGUGCCAUUUGGAUUUGUUGGUCCACUGAAAAACCAAUAUUAACUCUCUCCAAUAGAAAUUCAAUGUUCAUUCAGUCUUUUUUAUUUCCUUUUUGAUUAAAUAAUGGCAUAUGAUAUUUGAUCUUCUAAUAGAAGUUGGGUGAAUACAAUAGAAAGUGAUUGUUGUGUUGUUUAAAAAACAGAAAAAAAAGAGUCAUUUAAAUGUCCUUAAUCUGUGUGUGAUUAUUUUCAUUGUUCCUGUAUAAUUGACUGUAAUAUUUUGUUGAGAAUUGAAGCAAUGAUGGUUGUCAAAUGAUUUUUUUAUUAAUGAAAUGUAUUGGAAAUAUUGCUUUGUUUCUAAUCCAGUUGUGUUAGCCUGUUGAUGUAUUCGUCUUUCAGGAUACUCCCAAUGCUAUAUGAUUUACCAAGGGUAUCCCAAACGUUGGCACAUUGUCAGUCAGCAAAUUUGCUACAGUCUGUAGCUUUUUUAUAUAAGUAUAUACCGAUACUGUAUGUUGUGACUGCGAACUUAUAAGGAAUGGUUUAUUUGUUGUUGUUAAGUAUAACAUGUAAGUAAAUGGAUUUAAUGGAAUCCCCGGUCUGAAAAAAAGAAGAAGAAAAAAAAAACUGAUGUCCAGUAAUGUACCUUGACCCUAACUUUGGGAACAAUAUGAAUAUUAUGAAUAUCAUAUGGUGCUAAAAAAGUUCUUUUUUUUUAAAUGUAUGUUUGGUUUUUAGAUCAAAAGAGAAUAUUAUGCUGAAAAUGUAAUGUUAAGCCUUACUGUAGAUUCAUAUAUCAGACUGUUCAUCCCAGAAGAGACAA